UCUCCUCGCUGUGUGAGUCUGCGGCACACAGACAGACAGAGACACACUCUGAGAUAAGGCGAGGAGGAGCUCAGCCACCGCGCGCUCGUCCGCGUAAACGGGGAGGCUGUUAGACGCACUUGGAUUACCGGGCAGUCAACUGUCACCGCUCAUAACGGCUGCAGACCGGCGCCCUGCCCGGCGCUCUUCUCCGCGCGCACCGCCGGUCAUCACAUCAUCUUAUUAAGAGGUGUUUACCUGGACACAGCCGCGGCACUAGAGGCGUCUGAUUGAUUUUUAUGGACGGUUGAUCUCAGUGGAUGCAAAAAAAAAAGAAAAAGUUUUUUUCAUUGACGCGGCGAUAAAAAGGAGCGCAGAAGCUGGGAGUCAGUCUCCGAGGAAGGACACCUCCUCCACAUCUGUUUCUCUCUUAAAACCUGCUGAAGUAAGAGAUCCAUCUGUGCGAGGAAGAUAUGAAGGUAGUGGACACGCUUUGGAUCCUUUGGUUUCUCCUGGUGCGAAAAGCAGCAGUAGGAGCUGAGUCAGUCUCAGACCCUUCGAUAAGGACCGAACAGAGUGUGACAGAGGGACAAGGGCAAGGACAGGAACAGGCAGUGAGCCGGGGUCAAUACAAAUGUCUUGAUCUGUCCAACAAAGACCACCAGGAAAACAGAACCGGUACAUUCUGCGGACGUCUAUGGGAUGGCUUGUUGUGCUGGGAUGAGACGCCGGCAGGGACAUCUGUAACCCAGAACUGUCCAGAUCAUCCUGACACGAACCCAAAUGAAGAAGUGUCUAAAUAUUGUGACGAAUCUGGGAACUGGGUCGAGACUGAGACUGGAUCUACUUGUCAGCCUACUUCAAAGAACAAAUUAGAGAAGGAAGAUAGUCAGUUUUUACUAGAUGCACCGGGAAAGCCAACAACAGCGACCGCAGAGGUUAGCACAGAAAAAAGCAGUGUUAUGGAAGAAAUCGUCCUUGAGAAUGAAAAGAAAUGCAUCGAGAAAAUGAAGCAUGAUGCGCCUUACAAGGAGUCAGGUCUGUACUGCAGCCGUAACUGGGAUGGCUGGUUGUGCUGGGACGACACUCCAGCUGGAGCCAUCGCCUCCCAAAACUGCCCUGAUUAUUUUAGUGACUUUGACCCGACAGAAAAGGUGACCAAGUUCUGUGAAGAGGACGGUCGGUGGUUUCACCAUCCAGAGAGCGGCAGCAUUUGGACCAACUAUUCUCUCUGUGCAGCUUCACAUGAAAAGAGGCAGAGGACACUGAAGAUGGUGGAGAAUGAAUACAAAUGCCUCCUGAAGAUAAAUCACGAACCACCUUAUAACAAAUCAGGCCUGUUCUGUGGUCGUAACUGGGAUGGCUGGUUAUGCUGGGAUGACACUCCAGCGGGAACCUAUGCCACCCAAAACUGUCCCGAUUAUUUUUCUAACUUUGACCCGACAGAAAAAGUGACUAAGUUCUGUGAAGAAGACGGGCAAUGGUUUCGCCUUCCAGAGAGCGGUAGGACAUGGGCCAACUACACUCUCUGUGCUUACAACACAAAGGACAAAUGGAGGAAGGCAGCUGCACAGCUCUCGGGGGACGCUGAGGUUGAGCUUUCUGAUGAGGCCACCGUCAGUCCCAUGGUGAACCCAGAGGAGCAGGAGAUAGUGAGGAAGAAAAUCCUCGACAGUCAGUACAAAUGCUUUGAGAAAAUGAACCGAGAUCUGCCGUAUAACAAAUCAGGUCUGUACUGCAAUCGUAACUGGGAUGGCUGGCUAUGCUGGGACGACACUCAAGCAGGAACCUACACCUCUCAGAACUGCCCCAACUAUUUUGUGGAUUUUGACCCGACAGAAAAGGCCACAAAGUACUGUGGAGAAGACGGUCAGUGGUUUCGCCACCCAGAUACCAACAGGACCUGGUCCAACUACACACUCUGCAAUGAAAACACCAAGGCUAAACUGAAGUCGGCGUACAUCGUGUUUUACAUGGCCAUCGUGGGUCACGCUUUAUCCAUCACCUCCCUGCUCAUCUCUCUGGCCAUCUUCUUCUACUUCAGGAGUCUGAGUUGCCAAAGGAUCACCCUGCACAAGAACCUUUUCUGUUCCUAUGUGCUCAACUCAGCGCUCACCAUCAUCUACCUCGUAGCUGUGGUCAAUAACCCUGAAGUAGUGGACAGAAACCCUGUUGGAUGUAAGGUGUUGCACUUCUUCCACAUGUACAUGCUGGGCUGCAACUAUUUCUGGAUGCUUUGUGAAGGGAUCUACUUGCACACGCUCAUCGUGGUGGCUGUGUUUGCAGAGGAGCAGCAUCUGCACUGGUACUACCUUCUAGGCUGGGGCUUUCCUCUUGUGCCUGCAUCCAUCCAUGCCGUGGCAAGGAAAAAGUACUUCGAUGACAACUGUUGGAUGAGUGUGGAAACCCAUCUGCUCUAUGCCGUCCAUGGUCCCAUAGUGGCAGCGCUUCUUGUGAACCUCUUCUUCUUAUUAAACAUCAUAAGAGUGUUGGUGACCAAACUGAGGGACACACACAGAGCUGAGUCCAACAUGUACAUGAAGGCGGUGAGAGCCACGCUGAUCCUGGUGCCCCUGCUGGGAAUUCAGUUUGUCAUUUUCCCCUGGAGGCCAGAGAACCGGCUGGCUGGGGAGGUCUAUGAAUACAUCAUGCACAUACUCAUGCACUACCAGGGACUGCUGGUAGCAACAAUAUUCUGCUUCUUCAAUGGAGAGGUGCAGUCAGCUCUAAAGAGACAGUGGAUGCAGUACAAAACCCAGUGGGGCCAGAGACGAAAGGACCACUGCUCAAUGCGCUCCACGUCCUACACAGCCACCUCCAUCACUGAGGUACCUGCUUUCAUGUACCACCAUGACUGUAACAGCGAACACUUGAACGGGCGCCACACAGAAGACUCUGAACUGGUGGCGCUGAAAUCAGGAGAGACAUACGCAUGAGUCAUCGAGUUUCACCAAGGACAACGAGUCCAGGAACAGCCGGAGAAGAGCAACAAAGAAGCAGAAUGAGAAAGAAAAUAAUCCUCAGUGGUAAAACAUCAGAGGCUGACACAGGUGUGGUCGGUCCAGGAUGAUGAUACGGGUCUAGAAGGUCAUGGUGACAGAGAUGGACGGACUCUUCAUUCAACUUUCCAUGGCUGUUGCAGCUGCUUUUUCAAAAACAGUGAUGUCAAGAACUCGUGGCAUGAGACCGGCGCCGCUCUCGACAAGUGUCACUUCCUAAAGCUGCUAAACUGUGACGACGACGGAGGUUUGCGCAGGCGUGGAAACAGAAGUAAGGGAGAAUGUGUUAACAGCAUGUUUCCUGUUUGGAGAUGCUGCUGAAUGUGAUAGAAAUAGUGGUAAAAGCUCUGUUAAAAUGAUGAUUUUAAAGGUGAAGAAGAAGAAUCCUUCCUGACCUCACCUAAACCAAAGGGUGUCGUUGUUAGUCACAGCUUUGUAGGGGUGUAACACUCAAACAAACAUCAACAGACUUCACAAACCUGAUCGUACGUGCCAUGAAGGAGGUGACCCUCUGUGCUUAAAGCUCUGGAAUUGUGUACAUAGUGUUUGUUCACCACGUUUCAGUUGAAAACAGUGUUUUUAAAGGAUUUAAAUUUCUGUUUCUACUCAUUUUAUUCUUUCUAAGUCUUCAGUAUUUGCUAAAUGUGUGUCCUGUGAUGCUGCACUCCUGACUGCUUUGUAGUUGCUGUAAUUGUGCCAAGGCUGAACAUCACAGGGCUGAGAAGCAAAAAGAAGCAAAAUGCACAACAAGAUUUAUGAAUAAAACUUUUAUUUUUUUAGGUUAAACGGCCACAGGAGUUGUUUCACUGUGUGUGUGUCUAUUAUGCCAUCAGGCGUACCAACGAUCCCAACAAACAAGCAGCUCUCUCUGAAGUGUAGAAGCUACGCUGUUUGACUUUAUUCACAUUUUCUUCUCAAUUAUGAUGCCUUUGAUGUGUCUUUUUGCUUUUUAAGUUUAUAUACAUAUUUAUUCAUGAACUGUAGCAUUUUGUAUGAACAAGCAUCCAGGGUAAGAUGAAACAGUAGAAGCAUCACAUCCAUAAUGAGUCUGUCAUCUGUUUCAUGUUCAGAGAAACGUACGAGUCAGCCCUGCAAACUUGCACAGACAAACAACAAUAGUAUGGUUGAACAGUUGAGAGAAAAGUGAGUCUAGAUAGCCAAUACUGAAUUUUCAGUGUGAAUGCAAACAAAAGGCAAGUCUGCCUUUCCACUGAGUCAGCAGGCAGAUGUUUAAAAAGGCAUCCUUAUUUUUGCAAAGGCCACCAAGGUGUCUAGAAAGACUGUUUUUUUUUUUUUAUUUCAGCAAAGGAAGAACAAAUACAGUACUGUGAAAAGUACCUGCCCCCAUACUGAUUUCUUAUUUUUUGCACAUUUUUCACACUUAAAUGUUUCAGAUUGUCAAACGCAUUUUCAUAUUAGACAACUAUAACCCCCCCAAUCAUGCCACCAUCUAAAGAAAAGAUGAGAAACAAAGUCAGUGACAUCAAUCAGUCUGGAAAGGGCCACAGAGCCAUUUCUAAGACUUUGGGACUCAAGUGCACCAAAUUGAGGACCAUUAUCCACAGAUGGGGAAGACUUGGAACAGUGGUGAACCUAGCCUAGAUUAACUUUAGGACAGACAGGCUGGCCUUAGUUUUACCCGGCACAGAGACAUAAAAGAAAUAGAAAUAGAAAUAGAAAUAGAGGCAGACAAACCACUCUUGGAUUAUUCUCCUCUUAAUUGUAUUUACUUUGUCUUUCCUUUUUUGCUCUCCUCAUCCUACCCCUCCUGACCUAAAGUAGACAUUGUUUUUAAUGAUCUUAAAAGCAUGCUAUGAUUUUUUCAGCGGUCAAGUAGUCCUCUACACGAGCUGGCUAAUGCCUUUUAAAGAAAUCCACAGAAUGGACUAAAUUGUGCGUUGGUCAGGGAGUUUAUUUUCAGAGGACACUGAUUCAAUUCAUGUGUUUGCUCGUUGGGAGUGUUUGAGUUUCAUGAGUUCUUCUAAUAACUGCACAGCAGGGCAACAGUGAUGCAUUUGAAAUAAUUAUUUGGCUUCAAUGGGACUCAAUGGGAAAAAUAAAAAAUGUGUUUGUUUGAAUUAGAUGAGAUUAUGUUAGGUAGAUCAGAGCCAACACAGUUUAUCUAAGUACAGUCGGUUUUUGUUUUAUCCUUUCAAGGAAUUUGCAAACAUUACCUAAAUACACCAUCAAUUUUUGAUAUUAGGAAUCAUUUUAAAAGCAUAUAAUUGAUUUCCUGAGAUGACAUUUUCAUUAUUUUCUCCUUGAUGUUAUAUUUCUGGGAAUGAGUCGGUAUCUGUCCAGUGUCCAGUCAGCAUUUAUGUGAUGAUUUUUACAUUUCCUGUCAUUGUUAUAUGAUAUAACUUUUGCCAAGAAUUGUGUGAGACGUGUAAGACAUCAGAGGAUUAUGAUGAAGAUGAGGACAGUGUAUUCUUCUAUGGACCCAGAGAGUGAAGCUAAGAGUAAAUUUGCACAUGACGUCAGAGAAAAUAGGGCUCUAAAGAAUGGCUAUAUGAUACAUUAUCAUAGUAAUUGUAUUGAUAAUUACAAUCGAUGUAUAAUAGGAUGCAAAGAACUAUUAUUAAUAGAUACAUAGAACAAAAAAGAAAAGGUUAAAUCCCAAAUUCACUGACUUAAAAUAACAGUGCAUUCAGAAGUAGUUGGACCCCCGUCACAUUUUUUUUUAAUUCUGUUCAGUUUCAGCCUGAUUCUACAAUCAUUUAAAUUCAGUUUUUUUGUCAUUCAUUUACUCUCAGUUCCCUAUCGUGACAAAGUGAAAACAGAGUUUUAGAAUUUUUUGCAAAUUUGUUAAAAAUUGAAAAACAGAAAAGUCACAUUGAUUUAGGUAUUCAGACCCUUUACUUACUACUUAGGUGAAGCUCCUUUGGCAGCAUUUACAGCCUUAAGUCUUUUUAAUUUGGAGCAACAAGCUCUGCACACCUAGACUGGGAGAUUUUCUGCCAUUCUUCUUUGGAUUGGAAGGAAGUUGGAUAGGGACCGUCAGUGGACAGGUAUUUUCAUGUCUCUACAGAGUUGUUGGAAAGGGUUCAAGCCAGGGCUCUCGCUGGACCACUCGCAAAGUCGUCCUAAGCCACUCCUGUGUUGUCUUGGCUAUAUGCUUAGAGUCACUGUCACUGUAUUGGAAGGUGGACCUUUGGCUCAGCCUGAGGUCCUGAGAGCUGUGGAACAGGUUUUCAUCGAGGAUAUAUCUCUACAUAGCUCCAUUUUGCCUUCCCUCAAACCUGACCAGUCUCUCAGUCCCUGCUGCUGAAAAACACCCCCACAGCAUGAUGCUGCCACCACCAUACUUGAGCAGACCCUGGUUUUAUCCAGACAUAACAUUUUUAAUCGAGGCUCAGUUCAAUCUUGGUUUUAUCAGACCUGAGAGUCUUGGUUCUGUCAGUCUGAGAGUCCUUUGGGUGCUUUUAUUCAAAUUCCAAGCAGGUUUUCAUGUGUUUUGCACUGAGCAGAGGCUUCGAUCUAACCACUCUGCCAUAAAGACCAGAUCAGUGGAAGUCUGCAGUGAUGAUUCUCCUUCUGGAACUCUGUCCCAUCUCCACACAGGAUCUCUGGAGCUCAAUCAGUGUCAAGUUCUUUAGGGUUACACUGCAGGAGGAGGCAAGAGAUGACACAUGACGACCUUAUUCUUUGUUUUUUUUAUUUAUUUAUUUAUUUAUAAUUUACUGUGUUUGGAAGUCUUCAUUCAGAAUAGAACAGGUCAAAAACCUGAACAAAAAAUGGAAAUUGCAACAUUAUUUCACAUAAUUCAAUGAAAAAAAAAACACAAAAUGAAAUAAAAAUCCAAUAUAAUAAUUACCUCUUUACUAAAUCAGUCAAUUUUCAAUUAGACCUUCAAUUUUCAAUUUUCAAAUCAAUUUUCAGUUUAAAUAAAUUGCAAUUAACUUAAUCAAUGUUUUUAUAUCCAAACAAAUAUUGUUAUUGAACUUUAAGUCAAUUUGUCAAAUUUUUAAGAAUUUAUUUUUAUCAAAAGUAUGUAUUAGAAACA